GAGACGCCCAUUUCCUUCUCACACCAUUAUUCAGUGUACCCCACCGUUUCUCUCACACCGAUCCAAAACUACAGUCACUCACGAUGAGUGAAGACCAUAGACCAGAUAUCGAUCCUCCUCCAGGAGUCUCCAGAUCCAGUCAGGCAAACGUUGUUGAAAGCUCGAACCAAUCCCGUGGAGGAUUGUGUCAGUCACUGCGGAAAUUGAAGAAUGGGUUAACCAAAAAACUUCCUAAACGCUCUACGCGAACACGCAACCGCACCACUGCGGUCCAGAACGUCGAAAGUGAAGGGGCUUCAUCUAGUCAGAAAGUUGAGGACACGCUGCAUCUUCAUACUUCCAAUGACAACAAGCAUCCCACCACAUCUGAGAUUCUCAGUGACUCCGUGAACCAAGGGUUGUCUGGUGAACCUGCUUCACAGGCCGCUCCUUCUGACAAGGACAAGGGACCUGAUCCCCAAUUAGUUGACGCUGAACUUCAGGGUGCCUAUGAUGGUACACAAAACAUGAAAUUACUCGGAAAACAUGCGAUUUCUAUGGCAUCCGCCGCCGACAAUGCCCCAGCGGGUCUUGCUGCUGCGGAUAAUUUUGAGAUGAGGUAUCUCCAGCCGCUAAUGAUUAUCGACGGUGUCCUUGAGAAGAUCGCGGAUAUACAUCCGUACGCAAAGAUGGUGCUGGGUGUGCUAUCUGCUGCAUCUAAAAUUAUAGUCGCUCAAGCAGAGCGCGACAAAUGUAUCUAUAGUCUUCUCAAGAAACUGGCUGAAGUUUACCGCUUCAUGACUCAAGAUGACAGUCUCAGUAAAAUCGAAUCGAUGCGCGGUAUCGUUGGAAAGAUCGUUCAGCAGACUCUUGAGUGCGCGCGUUUCAUCAGGGACUACUCGGAGACAAAGAACUUCUGGAAGAGACUCGGGAAAAACGUUCUCUCGGAAACUGAUGACGUCGUCAAACGGUACAGCGACACUUUGGACGACCUUGUACAACAAUUCCGGGACCAAGUUGAUCGGGACGUGGCCGUCUUCGUCCAGCGUACGGGCGAUACCCUGGAUCUCGGGGAUAUCGCUUAUGCAAAGGGCGCAGGACUAAAUACUAUGAAACAAUGCCUACCAGGGACGCGCAAAGAGAUGCUUUCCCAGAUUACGGACUGGAUCAACGGCAGUGGAGAUGCUGCUCAACGUGUGCUGUGGCUAUCUGGCCCUGCAGGCACAGGUAAAUCAGCCAUCGCUCAAACGAUUGCCAAGGGGUUCAAUGACAUGGGAGUGCUCGGUUCAUGUUUCUGCUUCGACAAGGCCGAGAAACGCCACGAAAAAGUUUUCUCUACCAUCGCUCGUGACCUAGCCGAUCGUGAUCCGGAGAUGAGACGAGCAUUGGCGGAUGCGGUUAAAAAUUCCACUUCACUCAAGAACCCGAAGGAUAUUUUCCAGCAGUGGGAGAAGCUUCUCAUGAAUCCACUGAAGAAAUUCCCUACGUCAAGUGUGGGACCUGUCUUGAUCGUGAUCGAAGCGCUAGACGAGAGUGGCGGAGUGGAGACGCGGCGGGACCUUCUCCGCAUACUUGCGGGUAAACUUCAAAACAAGGAUCUUCCUCAAAUCACGGAACUCCCAUUUAACUUUCGUAUCCUCGUUACCUCUCGUCCACUUCAUGAUAUCGAAGAUGCAUUUCACGGCGCUCAGCAUAUCCUACCGUUAUCCAUGGACCAAAUUCCAGCCACAGUGGCGGAGCGCGACAUCCGUACGUUCGUAUCUGAGGAGCUGAAGGGGUUAUCGGAUUUUCACGACAAAGAGUUUGCAAGUCUUGCUGCGAAAGCUGAUGGACUUUUUGAGUGGGCGCGUCUCGCCUGCGAAUACAUCAAAGAUACCCCUCCAGGUGUCCGCCAAAUGCCUCGCUUCAAUGCUUACGCGAACCGCAGUGCAGGAAAGCAGAAAAACCUGUUGUAUGAUAUGUAUUUGGUUAUUUUGAAAGACAUUAUGAAAAGGGAUCAACAUGAUGACGAUGAGUAUGAAGAAGCACUAGCAGGGUUUCGUUCCGUGAUGGGACAGAUACUUGGCACAGCUGAACCACUGCCUUUCAACUCCCUCAAUAUCAUGCGGAACUACUUUCCAGACCGAAGCAAGGAUGUCAUUAUGGAUAUUAUUAAACGUAUGGGAUCCCUCCUCAGCGGCACCACCAACUUAUGUACUCCCAUCCGACCUCUUCACGCAUCUUUCCACGACUUCCUCACAGACAAGUCAUCCAGUGGAGACUUUUUCGUUCAGGUGUCUAAUGUGCAACGCGACCUUGCAUUCGCAUCACUACGAGUGAUGGAAGAUGGCCUUUGCUUCAAUAUCUGUGAUUUGAAGUCGUCGUACCUACCUAAUUCGCAAGACACGGGACUACCUCAACGAGUCAAAACAUGCAUUCCCUUACAUCUCUCUUAUUCCUGUCGAUAUUGGACUACACAUGUUCAGACAACAGACUUUGACGAUGAGCGACUGCUGUUCUGGAUUGAAGCGCUCGGACUUCUCAACGCAAUCAGAGGUGCAAUUAUCGUGCUCCCACUCGUUGCCAAGUGGCUAAAGGGUCAUUCUGGAUACGAAGAUCUGCAGUCCACCACGAUGGAUGUACAAAGAUUCAUUCAAGUGUUUGGCGGCAUGAUUUUGCACAGCACGCCGCAUCUGUAUUUAUCAGCGCUUCCAUUCUCGCCCGUCAACUCCACCAUGGCCACCAAAUUUACGACAAGGUUUCUGAAUAACCUUCGCCUGGCAUCUGGCCGUGAUCUAAAUUGGACAGUUGUUCAGACCAUAAUCAAUGGUCACACUGGCGCGGUUUCGUCACUCUCGUUCUCACCUGAUGGUACUCGCAUCGCGUCUGGUUCUUGGGAUAGGACCGUGAGGUUGUGGGAUGCAGCGACGGGACAGCCAUUGAGUGAGCCCUUGCUGGGGCACACUGGAGCGGUUGAAUCGGUCUCAUUCUCACCGGAUGGUACCCGCAUCGCAUCUGGUUCUUUGGAUAGCACUGUGAGGUUGUGGGAUGCAGCAACGGGACAGCCAUUGGGUGAGCCCUUGAAGGGGCACACUGGAGAAGUUAGGUCAGUCUCGUUCUCACCGGAUGGUACUCGCAUCGUGUCUGGUUCUUUGGAUAGGACCGUGAGGUUGUGGGAUGCAGCGACGGGACAACCAUUGAGUGAGCCCUUGCAGGGGCACACUGCAGGAGUUACAUCAGUCUCGUUCUCACCGAAUGGUACUCGCAUCGUGUCUGGUUCUUGGGAUAGCACCAUGAGGUUGUGGGAUGCAGCGACGGGACAGCCCUUGGGUGAUCCCUUGCAGGGACACACUGGAGAGGUUUGGUCAGUCUCGUUCUCACUGGAUGGUACUCGCAUCGUGUCUGGUUCGGAUGAUCACACCGUGAGGUUGUGGGAUGCAGCAACGGGACAGCCAUUGGGUGGGCCCUUGGAGGGGCACACUGAAGAUGUUUAGUCAGUCUCGUUCUCACCGGAUGGUACUCGCAUCGCGUCUGGUUCAAAUGAUAACACUGUUCGGGUGUGGAGUGCAGUGAAAGUGCAGCCAUCUCCCAAGUCAGGAAAGCCAGAUUCCUCCGCAUCUUCGCUGCAUUGAAGCACUGCACCUCCCAUCCAAGAAAACCGUUUCAUGUCCACCAACACUCGUAAUGAUCGCCUCAUUUCCUUCUCUUCCAGUCUGGAACACGCUUUACCCGGUGGAGCAGGCCGAGAGG